UGGCCCCGACCGGAGAUCACGUGUGACCUCUGGGGGCACAGUCGUAGAGCUUCAGCAGAAUGGCAGAAGGGACGGGUCUGGCUCGGAGGACGCCGCUGGACAUGAGAGGAGGCGCCCAGCCGGAACGGGCACCUGGCGAACGCGGCACCGCCGCCGGCGGCCGGCCGGGGCUGGAGCGGCCCGGCGCCGGCCUCGCCGCCCGAGCCGCGGCCCAACGCCAUCACGACCGUGGCCUGGGUUAACAGCGAGCCGGAGCCGCACUGGGAGGAGCUGUACGGCGGCAGCAAGGGCAGCGCCGACUCGGGCAGCGCCGAGCACAAGCACAGCGGCAGCACCGACAACUGCGCCUCGAGCGGCGACUCGCUGCAGGCGCAGGUCAGCUCGCCGACGGCCGAGCGCCGGCUCAGCGACUCGAUCGACGGCCACAAGGUGCGCUUCGACGUGUCAGACGACGACUGGCAGCCGGGCGAGGCCGGCGAGGCGCGAGGUGACGCUGGAGGAGCUCGGCCGCCGGCUGCCCCUCGCCGACGACGUGUCCGACGUCGACGCCGACACGGACCGCUCGGCCGCCACCACCACGCCCGUCGAGAACGACGUCAAGGAGGGCGACGAGGGCGUCGAGCCCGACUCGUUCAUCACCAUCAAGUGCAAGAACUCGAUGUGCCUGCGGACGACCAACCUGACCGAGGCGAAGACCGUGUUCAAAAUGUGCCACAACUGUGAGACGUUCUAUUGCUCGCGCGACUGCCGGCGCGCGCACUGGGACCGCCACCGGCGCGUGUGCGCCGCCAUUCGCGCGCAAACCAUGUCCAAGCAGAUCAUCAUGAAGAUCAAGGAGGACGAGAACCUGCUGCUGGAGUUCUCGCGCACGGCGCGGCAGGGCUUCCUCACUCACGGGCGCGGUCUGCUGAAGGUGUUCUUCCCCAGCCCCGAGUCGGCCGACGACUUCCUGGCCAAGGAGAACGGCACCGCCUCCGAGGCGCUCUACAUCAAGUGGCAGGACCUGCUGCCGCGCGAGAUGGGCCACCUCGUCUACCGCGAGAUCAUCGACCUGUGCAAGGCGUACAACCCCGAGUCGCGCCUCGUGCUCUACAUUGUGAUUUGCGUGUUUAACGAGAUGCCUCUGAGCGGUGCGGCCAAGUGGGAGCGCCAAAUCAUCCCGCGCUGCGCCAAACUCAAACUGAGCCCGCUGCUGGGCGGCCGCUCGCCGCAGCGUAAGCCGUCGCCCAAGAUCACGCGUGAGCUCGACGAGCUGGAGACGCUGAUCCUAAUCUCGCUGCCAAACUCGCUGCCGCACAUGGCGGCGGAGCGCGCGCGCGAGGUCAACUUCCUGAACAUCCUGCGCCACCUGCGCGCGCGCGGUGCCAGCUUGCGUCGCGACUACCCGGAGGUGUACAACAGGCUGUGUGCCUACUCGGAGAAGAACGUGCCCUUCUCGCCCACCACCAUCUACCCCAAGGACACGGGCACGGGCAACACGUUCAUGUGUCUCAUCAUGCCCGACGCGACGCCGGAGCAGCUGCUGAAGAUCCCGCGCGACUGCGGCAAGGUUAAAACGAUCAAUAUCAGCCUGGACCGGGCCGAGUGACUGGAGGCCGGCCUCGCCCCCAUCCCGGCCGUCGAGCCUCGUCGCUAACUGUUCUUGUUAUUGUUGGUGAUUUUUAAUAAUUUAGUACACAAGCAGCGAGCAGGUGUUAGCAGCCUCAUUCGGUGUCGCUGUGGGUGCUGUAGCCUUGCGCGCGCCAGUCGG